CACAAUAAAUUUAUGACAGGCAAACAAAUUUGAGGAAGCUGAGGCAAUUUUUCAAAAUCUUUUGAAUGAAGAGAGAGCUUCUUUUAAGCCUGACCAGAAAAUGUUCCAUAUGAUGAUAUACAUGUACAGGAAAGCUGGCAAUUACAACCAAGCUCGAAAUAUAUUUUCCCAAAUGGCUGAGAAAGGGAUCCCACAAAGUGCUGUUACCUUUAAUAGCCUAAUGUCUUUUGAAACUAGCUACAAGGAGGUUUCGAGCAUAUAUGACCAGAUGCAAAGAUCCGGGAUAAGACCUGAUGCGGUGAGCUAUACACUUCUAAUCAGUGCGUAUGGGAAGGUCAGGCGAGAGGAUGAAGCUUUGGCAGUUUUUGAGGAGAUGCUAAAUGCUGGUGCCAGGCCAACAAGAAAAGCAUACAACGUUUUGCUAGAUGCAUUUGCAAUUUCUGGAAUGUUGCAGGAAGCUAAAACUGUUUACAAGAGCAUGAGAAGGGACAAAGUUAGUCCUGACCUCUGCUCUUACGCAACCAUGAUAUCUGCAUAUGUAAAUGCUUCUAACAUGGAUGGAGCAGAAAAAUUAUUCCGCCGCUUGAAAGAAGAUAGUUUAAAGCCAAAUGUUAUUGUCUAUGGGACCCUGAUGAAAGGUUAUGUAAAGACAAAUAAUAUUGAAAGAGUAAUGCGUGUAUAUGAGAGAAUGCGGAUGCAAGGUGUAGAAUCUAAUCAAGCAAUAUAUACUAUCAUCAUGGAUUCAUAUGGUAAGAACUCAGAUUUUGAAAGUGCAGUUGUUUGGUUCAAGGAAAUUAGGAGAGGUGGAUUAUCUCCUGACCAGAAAGCAAAGAACAUUCUUUUUUCUCUAGCAAAAACACCAGAAGAACAAGAGGAAGCAAAUGAGCUUGUGAUCAAUGAGGGCAGUAAUCUCUGUGAGAUAAUGAGCAGCAAAUCCAACAAAGUUGAUGACGGUAAUGGUGCAGAGAGAAUUGGAGAUUUCUUCAUUUGAUGAAAAUGAACACAAGGUUCAUCACUUGGAUUGGGGAAGCCUCUUCAUGUGGUAAUUUUAAAAUCUGCAUUCAAAGUCUUCGAUACAGGAAUCUGUUGCUAUCCUUACCUCCUUUCAAUAACACGUCUCGACGGAGUCGAGCCCUUUUUAACGCA